CCAAAUUCGACCCAGAAGAAGAGAAAAGGAUGGCCCAGGCCUCCGAUUUCUAUACCAGGAACCCACACGUCAAAAAAUCUACGAUUGCGCGUUAAUUCAGGGUCAAAUUACGCCUCUGGAAAGCGUAUUUGGCUGGCCGCAUACCACAAAACACCAAAGGGGGCCUCAACAAGGUCCUUAAUCCUGAUCAGGAGGAGGCCCUAAAGCAAUUUAUUAAUUUUAUGAUCUAUUUAGGCCAUAGAGCUGAUCUCAAGACAGUACGGGCGGCGGCUAAUAAGAUCCUUGGGGAUAGUGCUUCCACCUACCAAGUGAACCGCCUAUAG